AUUGCUCAAAUGCCUCGCGGCCUACAAACAGUUAAAAACAGACCGCGCCUUCCACAUCCUGCACCGUUACAGUGGCAGCUGGUGAAACAUUGACCUUUGGCUUGGAGUAAAACACGAAACAUAACUGUGCAAAGGUCGACUGUAUGCCGUUUGUUUAAAACCGGAAUAAACGGAACAUUGUAACACAAUUCUAGCCUAUUUGAGGCCCUGUUCGCUACCGCCAUGAAUUUCUUUCUAGAGACGUUGAGGAUGUUCGUGUUCUCGGUGAUCUGUUACUUGGAGGCGUUCUUUCGGAUAUUUAUUCCUGCGCGGAGGAAAAGCGUGGCCGGGGAGAUCGUCCUGGUGACCGGGGCAGGAAGUGGCAUUGGCCGUCUGGUUGCUUUAGAGUUCGCGCGUCUGGGCGCGCGGCUUGUCGUGUGGGACGUCAACGAGGAGGGCAACAAAGAGACUGCGCGCAUGAUCCAAAAAACCCACGGCUCUCGCGCUCACGCGUACACCUGUGACUGCAGUAAACGAGACCAGGUGUAUAGACUAGCGGACCAGGUCAAACGGGAGGUUGGUGACGUCACUAUCCUGGUAAACAAUGCUGGAAUUGUCACGGGGAAGAAUUUCCUGCAGUGCCCAGACUCGCUCUUAGAGAAGACAAUGGAGGUCAACAGCAUGGCCCACUUCUGGAUGUACAAGGCAUUUCUCCCAGCCAUGAUUGCUGGAAACCAUGGCCAUCUGGUCAGCAUUGCUAGUGCUGCUGGACUUUUCGGAGUCAAUGGACUGGCAGAUUACUGUGCAAGUAAAUUUGCCGCAGUUGGCUUUGCAGAGUCCAUGGGUCUGGAGCUGCUGGCUGCACGCUGUUUUGGAGUGAAGACCACCAUAGUCUGCCCUUUCUUCAUCAAAACCGGCAUGUUCGAAGGCGCAUAUACAAAGUGGCCCAGACUCAUGCCUCUUCUGGAACCGGAGUAUGUGUGUAGAAGGAUCGUAGAUGCCGUUCGAAGAGAUCAAGUCUACCUGUGUCUCCCUCGCUUCAUCUAUAUUGUCAUGCUCAUGAAGAAUGUUUUGCCCACUAAAGUGGGUAUGCUGGUUGCUAAGUAUAUGGGAUCGCUUGACUUCAUGGCUACGUUUAAAGGGCGCCAAAUGAAGAGUGACUGAUACCGAAGAGAACACACAUCUGACUUUAAAACUUGGGGAUGGCAUGCAGUGGCCCAGGGCCAUAUAGCAGAAGCCAGUGGAGCAAAGCUACUGCUGUAACCACCAUUUGGCCAUGGGGAGGGGGGUGGUUUAGUACUUUUACACACAUGCAUGUCAUUAGCACUUAGGCAUUGUUAUGUAGAUUUCAAUUAGAAUUUGAUUCAUUUGAUCUCUAACUGUUAAUGUAGUAAUUCCCUUCAUAGUCAAGAUUAUUGAUAAAGUAAGUUUUUGGAAAAUGCUCAUUUUCAUAGUAAUACCCUUUUAUAAUGUACAUCUUAUGAAGAACUAAUGCAGUUUAUAUGAAUGUACCUAGACUAAGUAAAAUUCCUCUGACUAUAAAACUCAAUACAGCUUCUGAGACUUCUGA